AUGCCGAGUCCGGAGAUAGCGGCGAAAGCAAAUCAGGAGCCAUUGAAAGUGAGUUACUUUCGAAUAUGAGAACGAAUGAAGGGAUGUGUGUAUUAUUUGCAGAUGAAAAAGUCGAUCUCGUUCAGUGAAACCACUCGCAACGCACUUCGGCGAUCAUUCCGUCACAAAGUGAGUUGUUUGUUGACUCUCUUUCGCACUUCCAGGACAUAUUAGCUACUCAUCCCACUCAUCCCAUUCCAACCUCACUUUUCGCAUGUUUCAUAGCACUAAUAGUUCGUUUUGUUGCACAAACUUUUGGCUAUUCUUAGCCGUUUCUUGCUCGCGUUUUUGAAAGCCCCAUACAAAUCGACAACAUUUCUAUUUGCCAACUUGUUACCCAAUUGACCUCGGAAUACCUGCGUAGGUGGCAGGCUGGUGCUCGGGACCCACCAAACUUUUUCGCUCUGCCUGAUCAACUGCCGUUACGGCGUUUUUUUUUCCAUUCUAGCCGACCACAUUGCAGCUGUUUCGCCGCGAUCGGCGGGCCACCAAUCCAUUCACAUAUUUCAUAUUUUUAUUUUUGAGUCACUCUCCUUCAUGAUCUUAUUUCUGUCGGCGUGGUUGACUUACUUCUCUUUCUAGCUCUAUCCUAAGGAAUGGGAAGAUCAAAAACCAGCCAAGGUCUUGACGCAAAUAGGUCAAUCACGGGGUUUGGUGAGUUGGGUUAUCAUUGAACUCAUCGAACCGUUCUUCUUUAUCUCUCAAUUGUUAUCAUUUAAACCUAAAUAACUCAGAAUUUGCUCGUUCUAGUUCGAUCUAGAAUGUAACUGAACGUGUUGUCUAUGAAAGUCGCAAAUUCGAAGGGCUAAUUUUCUCGAGUCAUUAUCUAUUUCUCGCUCUUGACGUUUUGUUAUUUGAAGUCGAAUGUUUUCUUGGCACGCAAAAGGGAACAUAAUCAAGGCGGAGCGCCAGUCGAUGUUGGCCUUUGUUUCUCCCGUCGUCGGUACUGUGAAGUGGUCUACACAAAACUCAACGGCUCUCAAUCUCACAAGUUAGCUGAACUGUUUAAACAACCAUCAUUCGAUUUUCGACUUAUUAUAACUUCCUACUGAUCUUUCAGCGGUAAGGGUUCCCUUACUCCCAUCAAAGUCGUAGGAGAUUCUGUAUAAAUGUUAGUAAACAACCUUUGAAUCUGAAAAAGCUAUCCAAUUACUUGGGCGGGUUGGAAUGUGAGAUUUGGUCACAGGGAUAUGAAAUUUCGGAACAAAUUAGCUAUUUUUUUGUGACUGUCAUUCAAGAUUAAAUGACAAGUCUUUAGUCUUUUCGAUUAAAUUUUGUGAAUUAAAAUGGAAUUAUAUGCACAUCUCAUUUAGAAAAGGUUGAUCUUCAACACAAAAUGCUAAGUAGGUCGCCACGUUGUGAUGCGUCUUGCCAUUCCCAAUUCUUCUCAUUUCUUCUAUUUUGAGCUUCUUUCUGCUCACUCAAGAACACUGAAGAGUGCAAGUUCUUUGAACUUCUCAAAGUCUCGAGUUAUUACUUCUCACAUCCUUUAUUAUUCUAUCGCUUCGCACGCGGGAGCGCUCCGUUUGUUGGAGAAUGAGAAGUGAGACCAGGUCUUAAAACAUGUGAGAAUCUCUUUUUCCGUCUUUUCUCUUUUUACCGUGACCUUCACUUGAAUAGAUUUGAACCAGGCAGGAAUAUCUUAUUCUGGACGUGUACAAAAGCUCACCAAGAGCUGAAGCCGGUGCAUUCACUCUUUCUUCUGUGCAUGUCAACCGUGAUUUGUCGCCGGAAUGCGCGAAGACGCUCUUAUUUCUGGCUUUAUUGAAUCAACACGCUUCGCAUCAUUCGAAUACCCUCCAGAAAGGAGAUGCUCCAGUAUCCCGUCCAUCUCCUCUUUGUUUUUUAACCGUUAUUAGUUCCUAUUCCAAUUGGAACCAAACCAAAAGUGAAACUUUUCAAAAAUCCGAAAAAAAAAGUUUAAGGAAGUGCUGUUUUGAUCGAAAUAAAAUUUAUUCUUCAAAGUUUCUUCGUAUUCAUCACUCGGUCAGAUCUCUGUGUUUAUUUCUCUCCGACCACAUCAUCUUGUGACCAUUCUCCAUGGCGAUAAUUGACUUGGAGCUCCCCGUCGAGUGCUCGGCCCAUUUACGCCGUCAUUUCAAACGUUUCAAAGCUCAUCGAAACGACGGCGGGCAGCAGUGCCUAAAAAUGUUCAAAACAAGCCGCGCAUCGAAAUGAAAUAAUAUCCGCGUAUUCCAUUUCAUCGUAGUCGUCGCGGCGGCGGCGGCGGUCUUCUUGUUUCGAAUGCGUGUGCCGCUUCUUCCAAAAACUUUUCUCAUCUUCCAUCAAAUGCUCCCUUGAGCCAAAAAUUGUGCUGUCAUGCACCUAUACGUCUUCCAUUCUUUGGUACAACUAUGCUACGUCAAGAGUGUGCACCGAAUAUGUUCCUAUCUUUUCUCAUUUUGUUCCUAUUUCUUCUAAAUUUAAGACUUCCUUCCUGUUUCUCACGUAUGAUUGCAUUCUGCGAAAACAGUAGUGGCACAACGAAUGCUUCCUCGUUUCUUUUUUCCAAUUUAGCCGUAAGUUUUUCCACAAGCGUGUUGCGUCACUACCAAAACGACUAAUAACACUCCUAAGCAAACAAAUCCCGGAGGGUAUCCUUUUCUCUCCCUCUUACUCUCCAAAUGAACUUUUUUCUGAAGGAGGACCUCAACGUGUAGUUUUAAAUGUGGUGUUCUCUGUUGAUAGUGAUAUGUGUGCUGUGUUAGUGUCAAUGUCAAAACGAAAAGGGAGGAGCCGCGGGCCGGCGGGAAGCGAUCGCCUGCCGCCGCUACUGCUUGCCUCCUGCCUCAUCCUGCUCCCGCCGACCCAUUUCAUCUAUUCUUCUCGCUCCCGGCCCUUUCUCUCCCUCCCCCAUUAUUUUGGCUGCUCAUCACCAUCCGCUAUCACGCCACGGUCAUGGAGACGCUCGGACGUGUUUGGAGUCGGCUCUCGAUCCGACGGCCGACCAUGGCUGUGCCGGAGCCCACUGUAGAAGAAGAUGACGAUUUGUCGCCCGAGAAGACCAGAGAGGUCUUUCAAAUGUUCAAUGGAACGCCGACGCGGAGGAAAAGUGAAACUCCGAAUCAUAGCAGAAUGGUUCUGAAUCAAUUACAAAACCACACACCAAGAAAUGCAACCCAAAGCCCUCAUCGUCAGUCGAGAACAUCGGAAAGUUCAGUGGACGUUCCCAGGAACGCCCUCCGAAGGAACUCGACGGAAAGUCAUGUGCACGCGCACAAACCUCAUCAGCACCAAGAUAUUGUAAGCAUUCCGUGCAUAACCUGUGUCCUAACUUUGUCACGUAUUCUCACAAACAUCUCGAAAAGAAUUACUCGACUCCAAGGUUAUUCCAAGGAAAAAUUGGUUUGUUGCCCAAAAUUAGGAGGAAGAGCUCCCUCUCUUCAAACUGUUCUUUAAGCUUUCUGUUAUUUUUAGUCCCUCGCUCCUCCCUUCCAUUUUAAAAAGUCUGAAGGGAUUACCAAAAGUGCCAGUGGCUCUCAGGCGAAACUUUUGCGCUGCCAGAAAUAUUUCAAUCACAUGGAACACUGGCACAUGUCUCUAGUGGCCCAUUUCGGCCAGACCGCUGCCUUUUUGGGUUCAUCUCCGUGUCGGCGCUUUGCCGUUACGGCCUUAUUCAUGAGCCAAGAAAAAAGGAAGAACAUGCCCGCAGGACUUCUUUUCUCGCCUUUUCUUUACUGAAAGCAUAAUUGAGUGAUGUCACCGCUCAGCCAGAACUUUUUUCCGUGAGUCGGAGUCGGAAAGACAAAUCAUAUCCAUCUAGUCUGAUUUUCGUUGUUCAACUUACUUACAAACUUUAAAAAAAUGUUUUUCCUUGUGUCCGUAAACAUAUUUUUGUGUCUUUUUUAUUGCUCUUCUGCCCUAUCUCUCAAGUGUUUUCAGUGACUCUGUCAAGUUCAAAACUGAUAUUGUCAUAUGAUUCGGGCGGCGCCGCUCUCAAGUAGAAGAAAGCGUGUGAAACGGGAGACUUGAGAACAGAAUACAAACAUACUGUAAGCGGAGAAUGUGGGAAUUCGGAGGAAGAAGCAAAGUGCGCACCACUUUGUUAUGGUACUUGAUUUCCGAGAUAUUCUAUGUCUUUUUUUCGUUCCGAUAACACACCGUGAGAAUGUGGAUGAUGAAUGAACACGUAGGAUUCCAGAAGAGUCUAUGUUUUUGCGUGUUUUGCGCGCUCGCUUCUCACAGACCCUUCUUGGAAGAAUCACGUGUUUCCCUAUUUUCCCGGAGCUCAUAGAUUUGCGUAGACGCAAUUAUAAAAGUUCAACAGAUUCCAAAGUGCUCUGAAAGAGAAUCCACAUAUUGAGUCAUUCAAGCGUUUCGACAACUCCCCCUCCCACUUGUUCCAAUUCAAUCACUUCAAAGGCCCCUAGAGACCUAGUUUACAUCAUCCAUAAACGUCGGUGACUGGCUCUCAGUCAGUCAAAACACGGGUCUGAGUGGGUGCACUGCCACGCGGGUCACUCGAUGAAAGAGAAGAAGAGGAGGGAAUCCAAAACUACUUGUGAAGAUUGCGCACCAGACUCUAAUUCGAGAGCUGCCGCCCCGAGUUUUUUGUCCCAUUCUAAAUUGCUUCUCCUUUUUUACUACGUGCGCCGUGUCGCGUGACUGACUGAACGAUAAAUUUACAGAAUGUGCCAGCUUGUUCAACCGGAGAAGAACACGUGAGUAAUACGCGAAGAAACAGUCUGUUCGUUAAACGAGGUUCUGUCACGAUGGAGCCGAUCAAGAAAGUCGACCUCGAGGAGGUGUACACUGUGAACAAACAAGUGAAUUCUUAAAGCAAUCAAUUCAUUCCUUGAAAUCAUUUUCUUCAGCUCGGAACCGGCCGCUUCGGCUACAUCAAACUCGCAGAGCACAAGCAAUCAAAGCAGCGUAUUGCUAUUAAGUUUUUCCCAAGGCCACAAACCAAACAGGUAGACUGGCAACCAUCCGUGAAUUCCAAGACCUCAAAGUUCCCAGGCGGAUUUCGUGCGCGAGUACAACUACUCGUUCUUCCUCUCGCCGCACCAGAACAUCAUUGACACGUACGAGGGAAUGUUCCAGUCAUCCGACGACACCGCCUUCUUUUUCGUUCAGGAGUUCUGCCCGCGGGCGUCACUCCGAGAGGCAGUCGAGGCCACAAACCAAACAGGUCAGUGCCGGCGGAAAAAGCGCAAAUCGACUCUUUUUGUGAUGGGAAACGGAUGGGAUGGGGGAAGAGUAUGUUUUAAUCGGACAUGAUGCUCAUCUGUCGGAGGCUUCUGAAGAUUUAUGUGCUUCUGGCUGACAUUACACCUCGAACUUCAGCAGAGUUAAUGGGGAAGAAGGUUGACCUUGUGCCUGGGAUUUAUUAGAAAAAUAUGCGCUGCUGAUCUGCUCUUCGGAAGUUUGGCGGGCAAAACAUAGGAAAAUAGAAAAGACGAGAGGGUCCUUCAAUUACAUGACAUGAGGUCGCAAUUUUCUGUCUGAGAGUGUGUGGUGGGAGUGAGAUGGGGGAUCAAAAAUCUGAUUGUUUUGAGUCAACACUUAACGUCUUCUUCUUCUUCUUUUUCUUCGUCUUUCUCAUCUUCAUGAUUUGAUUCAGGAAUCGGCGAGGCGAAUACGAAGAAAGUGUUUGCGGCGGUUCUAUCAGCAAUUGAGUUUAUGCAUGAUGAGAACCUGGUUCAUCGGAAUCUCAAAGCCGAGAAUAUCCUCAUUUUCGAUGCUCAUGACUACUCAAAGGUUUGUUUCACGGCCGAGUUGCGAGAAAAGUCGCAUGGCUGGAAAACAGAAAAAGAGAGAGAGAGAGAAAGAGUACGGAUGGAAUAUUCACGCGCCACAAAGAACAAAAGAGUUGAAAGUUCUUCUUUUCCCUACUAUCCUGAAAUUGACUUUUCCUCCCGGUGACGUCAUACAAGAGAGAAAAACCUGGAAACCUGAUCGUUUCUCAUUUCUUAUUGUGCACGUAAUGUUUUCAGGUAAAGGUCACAGAUUUCGGAUUGACUCGCAAAGUUGACACCACCGUCAAAUAUUUGGAAUACGUCAACAACUACCACGCUGCCGAACUGUGCGAUACGGUCGUCAACGAGAAGCUUGUGGUUAACAAAAGCACCGACAUAUGGGCUCUCGGUAAGUUCUGAGAUUGACAUCACUUUUGAACAAGUAGCGGGCGGACACGAGUUGCUCCUCUUGGCGGUUCGGGAUCAAAAGACGUAUUGACUCUUUGCAAUUCGGUGCAAGUUGUCUAGCUGUCACGUAAGGGGACAAACAAAACGUUUUUCAAGUGAUGAACAUGUUUACACAGUUCAAUGUUCCAUCUCUUUCUGCAGAUCCACUCGAUAAAGAGAAAUCCAUUGCAUCAUGAUUUGUGUGGUGUGGUUUGCUCGAGAUUCUAAGAAUAACGGAUUUCAUCUUUAUUGUGUUUGAGAGGGGAACAAAUUUUUUAAUUGUCAUGAUUUCUGAUCAUCCUUCCGUGGUUGGAUAUCUCUUAUCGUCAUCAAACCACACAUACACACUUUUGCCCACCAUCGACCAUGUGGUUGAAAAAUCAGAGAAAAAACAAGCUGUCAUUUCUAUUUCUAUUUCUAUUUCUCCCUUUCCGUUUCUCCUCAUUUCUUUCGGCGAUAAAAAAGAAGAAAGAGGCGACAGAAAUAAGACACAGACAUGUGUUCCUCUGCAUGACCUAUGCACCUACCAGGAGCCCGCCAUUGACGUCAUAGCGCCGCCUGCUGGCUCCGCUUUCCCUCCGAUAUUGAUGGCCGUACGUAAAAUAGUUACAGCUGCAACUAAUAAUAGACGCUUUGCAUCUUUUCUGGGGGGGCCCUUCUCCCGGGGGAGGAUAAAUGAUGGGAUCUGACUUGAGAAGAUACUUGAGGGCUGAGGCUGAGCAACAAUUGUUACGAAAAAAAGUGGAAAAAUAGCUGGCGAUAUGUUUCAGGCAUCAUCUUCUUUUACUGUAUGAAAGGGAAGUUUCCGUGGCAGAAGGCCUCGAUUAUGUGCAAACCAUAUUGGGAAUGGGAACAGUGGCUCAAGAGGAAGAAUCCGGCGCUGCCGAAGAAGUUCGCACCCUUCUCAGAGAAGGCAUUGAAGCUAUACAAAAAGUGAGAGCAAGAGCAAUUAUAAGCAAACUUUAAUGGAUCUACUUUUUAGAUCGCUAACCCCACGAUUCAAGGACCGGUGGACUGCAAAAGACAUGCGCAAAUGUCUUGCAAAGGAGAAACUCUUGAAAUCUGUUAAGGUAGCGGUGCCAUACUAUUGAUAAUCGUCGUGUUGUCAUCAUUUCUGUUCACUCAAAUUCCAGAGCACUAUUCAAUCCUUCCCCCAUACCAGCAAAUUUCCUUUUUCCCCCAAAACUGAAUACCCUUCCUCUUCUGUAAUUUGGUUAGUAAUGAUCAUUGCACAUCGGUCUUUUGUAUAAACAAAUGCAAAAACAAGUUGCUGCCCAUAUACACUACCAGAAGGAAUAUCUGAUCUGCACACUUUCUUUAUGAGGUACUAGUGUGUUUUCAUUUUCGAAUGAAUUUAUAUUUUUUGCAAAUCAGUAACCGUGAGCAUUCUAAUUCAUAUAAAACGUGUGAAAGUGUGAUCUCUCUUCUAACCAUCUCUGCUUUUUUUCUUUCUUAAUAUAUUUAAGUUUCAGUUCAAAUACUAAUGAAUUCAGUAUUACUCGCGCAUAAAUGAAUAUUUUUCAGAAAUCUGAUGAUGAGUACUUCGUGAUGAUUGACACUGCCACAAAGCCUCGACCGUCGGCAACCUCGAGUUCGGGAGAGAGGGAAGAUGGAGCAGCGGGAGAACAAGGAAAACGGAAGUCGACUCUACAACAGUGGAUCAGCACAACACUGACUGCGAUGGCUGAAAUCAGUGAACAAGUCGUUUCAGCAAGGGAUGACUAA